AGCAAAAUAACUGAGCCUCUUUCUUUUUGACUGUGAUACGCUGUUCCCCUGGUGACGUACGGUUGGCCGUUCACGUUGUGCUUUUUGUGCCUGUACUCAGUCAGAGUAUUUCUCCCACUGUGUGCGAGGAACCCACCGAUACACCACCUUGCUGUGCCGUUUGCCAGAAUGCAUGAUACUACGGAGGAGAUGAUAGAGCUCGGACUCAAGAAGCAGGAGGCCGUCAACCCUGCAUUUGGGGGCAAAGACAGUGAUGAACAGCCACAGCUGACACUUGAAAUAGCGGAGCCACACACAGAGGCUCUGGAGGAGACAGCUGACAAAGGUGCGGAUUUGGUUUACGCCCUCAAUGACAGGCCGCCCUGGUACCUCUGCAUUCUGCUCGGCUUUCAGCACUACAUCCUUGCAUUCGGCGGCAUCAUUGCAAUCCCGCUGAUCCUGGCUGAGCCCCUGUGCAUAAAGGACAACAACACUGCAAAAAGUCAGCUCAUCUCCACCAUAUUCUUUGUGUCAGGAAUAUGUACACUGCUGCAGGCGGUUGUUGGAAUCAGGUUACCAAUUCUCCAGGGUGGGACCUUCAGUUUCAUCACACCGACCCUGGCUAUUCUCGCUCUGCCCAAGUGGCAGUGUCCGGCCCCUAAUUCACCUGUGAUGCUCUCCAUGCAGCUGCAGAAUGGCACUAGCUCGCUGGGACAGGAAACGUCUGAUGAGAUCUGGAUGUCACGAAUGCGUGAGAUCCAGGGAGCCAUCCUGGUGUCAUCUCUGAUCCAACUCCUCUUGGGCUUUUCUGGGCUGGUGGGAUUUGUGCUCAAAUACAUCGGCCCCCUGGCUAUUGCUCCCACCAUCAACCUCAUUGGCCUGUCACUAUUCAUUGAAGCUGGAAAGAAGUCUGGAGGCCACUGGGGGAUAGCUGCCCUCACAGUGUGUCUGAUCCUCCUGUUCUCCCAAUAUCUCAGCAAAGUUGAUGUUCCAAUGAUUGCCUACAAGGACAAGAAGUGGAAGGUUUUCCAGUAUCCGCUCUUCAAGCUCUUCUCUGCCCUGUUUGGGAUGUGUGGUGGCUGGCUGGCCUGCUUCUUGCUGACCUUCUUCGAUGUCCUACCUUCAAAGUCUGAUGAGUAUGGCUUCUCAGCCAGGACUGACAUCAGCCUGGACGCUGUGACAAAUUCGCCGUGGUUCCAUGUGCCUUACCCAGGUCAAUGGGGUAUGCCCACAGUGAGUUUGUCUUCAGUGUUGGGGAUGAUUGCAGGUGUUUUGGCAUCCACCAUGGAGUCCAUCGGUGACUACUAUGCUUGUGCUCGUUUGUCGGGCGCCCCUCCACCACCCACUCACGCCAUCAACCGAGGUAUCGCCGUCGAGGGCAUUGGCUGCAUCCUGGCUGCCCUGUGGGGAACUGGAAACGGCACCACCUCCUACAGCCAAAACAUUGCCGCACUUGGCAUUACCAAGGUUGGCAGCAGAGUGGUCCUCCAGACAACCGGAAUUCUGAUGAUUGUCCUGGGGAUCUUUGGGAAGUUUGGAGCUGUUUUUAUCACCAUACCAGACCCGGUCAUUGGAGGCAUGUUCCUUGUUAUGUUUGGAAUGAUUGCAGCAGUGGGGAUAUCCAACCUCCAGUAUGUUGAUCUUAACUCUUCCCGUAACCUCCUGAUCCUCGGCUUCUCUACCUUCAGCGGCCUUGUCUUACCUACCUGGUUUCACUCCAAUCCUGGCAUCGUUGACACAGGAAUAAAAGAGCUGGACCAAGUGAUCAUAGUGCUCUUCACCACGCAUAUGUUCAUUGGCGGAUUUUUUGGAUUCAUUCUGGAUAACACCAUUCCAGGUACUGACAAAGAGAGGGGCCUCAAGAACUGGCAGAGCAUGGAGCAAAACAAAAGCAAAAGCGUGUGUGACCAGUCGUGCUACGACAUCCCCUUCUGCAGCAGUGUUCUGAAUCGGUUUAGAUGUUUCCAGUACAUGCCCUUCCUCCCUUCUUACAAGACCUUCCAGGAGCGGACCGCCAAAUAAUGAAGUGGUGAAAUACUGUGCAACAUUGGCACUGGUCUGUUAGUCCCAUAAAGCCACAAUUGUUGCCAAAAAAAAAAAAAAAGUCGAACGAGGAAAUCCCUCUUGUAACAAUAUUGGACAUGGUAUAAUGUUACAAAAACAUGAGUGGAUAUUGUUUCAGAUUAUUUGGUUGUUGUUGACAUGGCGUCUUUGUGCAGCCAAUGGGCGACUAAGUGUGUCCUUAAAGCAAUUCUCACCUCUUCAGCAUGUAGCACAGUUCUUUUUAACAUGAACAACUCCCUCCAAAGUCCCACCUGCUUCCCCCUGCCUGAACUUUGACGCUCGCCAUGGGAAAGUGAAGGAUUUUGUGCAAAACUGCUGCAAUGUAAUGUCUUAACUCACCAAAGUUAUCCCCGUAACAUUUUAAGUCAAUUAGGAGCAAUUGCAGCUCUUUUGUUUGUUCAGUACCUGUUUUGACAGCUAACGGUAGCUAACUAUAGCCCCCUUCCAGACGUCUAUCUUUCUUUUAAAUUGUCACAAAGUAAUAUGCUGAUGACAGCUGGUGACAGCCAGGAAGCUCUGCAAAUUAUUUUAUUCAGACUGAAUAAAAAAAAUAAUUGUUCAGAUUUUCAUCAGAAAUAUGAGAAUUGAAUAUCAAUGAGUUUCAAGACGUGGUGGAUUUCUUUUACAUUUUAGUGUGCUGUACUGGUUAUAUAUAUUGUGAGCAUUUUAAAAUUACAAAAGAAAAGUCUAAAAAUGUCUGAAUGGUAAGAAUUGCUUUCAACUUCCAGUAUGUGUCUGAAGACUGAAUAGCCACUGCAAACAUAAGGCUCUCUUUACUUUUACUAACAUGAAAAUUUGAGGGAAUAACCAUUAACAUUGAAUGAGAUUCUAGUAUAAAUACAAUAUUAUUACAAUACAAUAUUAUAGUAUAAAAGCUACAAAUUCUUUAGAGUCCUUAUAACAAUAAACUGACUCUACUUCACUUCCUUACUUUGCUUUACUAAAAUAUUUGCAGUGGUGGAACAAAGGGCAGCUUUAUGCAGAGUCAUCAGUCAUAUUUAAGAGCUCCAGAGCAAAGUUGUUGAUUUCUGAAGAGCUUUUUUUUUUUGACAUUCUAAGGUGACAUGUAUUUUUUAAUAUAUUUGUAUUACACAUCCCUCAAAACUUUUUUGACCCACUUUUUUAUUUCAGCUGCAGCAUAGUAAUACACCAAUACAUCUUCAAUGAUCUGUUGCACUUUUUCAAUCUGAAAGUCAGCAGUGACUAAAAAGCUGCAGUAAAAUGGAAAUGCCUUAAUCAGUAUUCAUGAACAUGCUGUGAUCGCAGAGUUCAGAUGUUUUGAAUGUGUUCUAACCAAUACUGUUUCAGUAGGAUCAUUGCUACCUCAUCAUAAAGCUGUAACCUUGAUAACGCAUAUAUGCCUUAUCAAGGUUACAGCUUUAUACAUGUAUUUAAUUCUUUCUUCUGUCACUGAAUAAAAGUACUUUUUUAUUUUAAAUAUACUAUUACAUUCAGGAAUACAUUUUAUUCAUUUUGUAUUAUGACACAGUUGUCACCUGUAACAUUUAAUGGUUGCUCUUAAUUAGAUUCUGAACUUGCAAAACACUAUCUUCCUAUUUCUUAUGUUUAUAUGAACUUGAGAUAUUAAAAUUAAG